AUGGGUCCUCGCAACAAGCGACGGCGACUUACAGACCCGCUAGAUGAGCAGAAUGCCUCAGAUAUUUACAAGCCAGCGAGUGAGCUGGAAAAGAACAACUGGAAUGGAUUCUGUGAGAUCGAAUCAGAGCCGGCUCUGUUCAAUGUAAUGCUCCGUGAAUUCGGAGUGAGAGGUGUCAAGGUCCAGGAGGUAGUUUCCUUGGACGAAGAAAUGAUGGCCUUCCUCGACAAACCUAUUUACGGUCUGAUCUUCCUCUUCCGCUGGCGGGAGGAUGACGCCGACAAGCAGGAAACGACCUGCCCAGAUGGGAUAUGGUUCGCAAACCAAACUGCUAGCAAUGCUUGCGCUAGUGUAGCUCUGCUAAACAUUGUGAACAAUAUCCCUGGCAUAGACCUCGGGGAGAACUUGCGCCAUUUCAAAGAGUUCACAAUGCCCUUUACGCCAGCUUUACGGGGAGAUGCCAUCAACAACUUCGAGUUUGUGAAGCGGGUACAUAACUCCUUCGCCCGCAAGAUGGAUAUUCUCAACUCCGAUCUCCAACUCCAGUUGGAAUCAAAAACACGUAAAAAGUCCUCUCAAAACCAAGAUGAGGUUGAGGAUGACUCGUCGUUUCAUUUCAUUGCCUUCAUGCCGGUCAUGGGCCAAGUCUGGAAGUUUGACGGUCUAGAGCGGCAGCCCCAGUCCAUCGGUGAAUGUUCCGAAGACGACUGGCUAGACCUAGUCCGCCCGAACCUCCUAGAUCGGAUGGCGGCCUACGAAGAAGACCAAAUCGAGUUUUCGAUCCUCGGACUAGUUCAAGAUCCUCUCCCGGGCCUCGUUCGAGAGCUCGCGGUCAACGUAAGAAGCCUGGAGAUGGUUCAUCAGCGCCUCCUGUCAGACGGUGAUGCCGCUGCAGCCGCCACCACCACCAUCACCGAUUUCGAAGGAACGGUGAUCGGCCCAGAGCCGUCCCUUGCAUUGACCCGCGGGGCGAUUGAUGCGGCCGAGAUCCCAGCGGCCACGCUGAAAGAAUACCAGAGCUGUCCGCCCAGUCAGCUACACCAGCAUCGGCAGACGCUCAGCCAGGCACAGGGGGAGCUGCGGUCCCGAGUCCGCGAAGAGCAGCAGUCGCAACGUGCAGACGACGACUAUGCGACCUGGCGGCGGUAUGACUACGGACCAGCGGUACGAACGUGGUUGAAAUUCCUGGCCCGCAAGCAGGUGCUGGCCGAGUUGAUGCAAUAG